CGCCGCUUCCCGCAAUGCUCAUGGUCCGCGCCGCCCGCGCUCUGUCCGGCUGGCCGCAGCCCGCCUCCACCCUCCGCUACAAGAAGAAGAUGAUGCUGUGGAGCUUCCCGGAGCCCCAUGCACCCCCACCACCUCCACCACCACCUCCUGCUGCUGCUCCUCCUUCUUCUGGGCAACAACAGCAGCAGCAACAACAAGUAGUACCCUGCAACGGCACUAGCGGCGCCGGCACCACCACCCCCAGCAGCGCUGCAGGAGGGGCCAGCAGCGGCAGCACCAGCAGCACCAGCAGCGGCAGCAGCACCAGCGCUGCAGGAGGGGGUGUUGUGGGGUACAGCCUGAUGACGUUUGUGAUCCGCAACGGGUUGGGCGCCCUGCGGCAGGGGGAGACCACCUACGCGGCCUACGUGGACAACCUGGCUAGGAGGAGCUGGGGGCUGCCG